ACGCCCCCGACGAGCUUCUGUGAGGUUCUGACCGGAAGCGAACCACACGUCGUCAUCCUGAGCUCAUGAUGGUGACUUCACUGUUUCUCUCUGGUUCACACGUCCUCUGUUGAAGCUCCUCUUCGGGUUCAUGGGUUCGAUUCUCCUUCAACAGCAGCACGGACUCACAGGCAGACUCAGCGGAGCAGGUUUCAUCACACAGGUCAGGUGACGUCAUAGAUAAACAAUAACUGACCAGAAACAAACAGGUUUCUGUCUUCAUCUGAAUAUUGUUUUGUUUUCACUCUUAAAUCCAGUAACACCACGUGAUCCAGUCUCUAUUGUCCCAUCGUUUACUGGAGGUUCAUCAAUAUGAGUUGUAUCUAUACAAAGAGACAUGUGGUUAUCUGGUCUCCUUUUAAUUGUGUGAUUAGCAAAUUGUAUUGCUUUAAAAGUACUUUGUGUAUUUUAUCCUUUAAAGAUAAAUUAAAUGACAAUACUUAAACCUCCAUCACCAGUUCCCAUCACACUGACAGCUCCACCUUGUGACCAGCCCACAGUCAUCACACAUUCUGUCAGUCACUGGAAAUGAAGAAUAAACAGCUUCUGUUUAUUUAUUUUAGAAUCCUAUUAGUUGUGGUCAGAGUCAUGUGACCACACCCCCACAGCUUCAGGUCAUAUCCAGCUGCUGAGUCGUCGCUGCUGAAAAACAUUGACUAGAAGCUCCUGAAACCACAUAACAUCAUAUUUAGUUAGAAGGAGGAGGAGCAGGAGCAGGAGCAGCAGCAGCAGGAGGAGCAGCAGGAGGAGCAGCAGGAGGAGCAGGAGGAGGAGUGUAGUCAUGGACACAAAGUGAGGAAUCUGACGACUGGUUCUCCGUCUGUGGACGUUCCUCUUGACAGCAGAACAUUCCUCGUGUCCUCAGCUCCAUUGUUUCCAUUCUUUAGAUCCACUAGUGUCACCUCCUCGGUCCACGCUGCUCCUUUCCUCUCCUUCACACCACUGCCAGGAGCAGAACCCGGUUCUCUGAGGGGAUGCUGGGUGGUUCUUACCUCGGCACCACUUUAGAACCGGCUGGUUGUAAUUGAUUCUGACAUUUACAGUGGGUUCCACAACUUGCUUUGGUUGUAAUGGUCUUUGGUUCUGCAGGUUCUGUCAGUUGAAUUGUUUGAAGGUUCUGAGCCCUGUGGUUCCUCCAGUUUGGGGGGGGGUGGGUGUGUGUGUGACUCUGGAUCUGUUGGUUCUGUGUGUGUGUGUGUGUGUGUGUGUGUGUGUGUGUGUGUGUGUGUGUGUGUGUGUGUGUUAGUGUGGUUCUCUGGAUCUGUUGGUUCUGUGUGUGUGUGUUAGUGUGGUUCUCUGGAUCUGUUGGUUCUGUGUGUGUGUGUUAGUGUGGUUCUCUGGAUCUGUUGGGUCUGAGUGUGUGUUAGUGUGGUUCUCUGGAUCUGUUGGUUCUGUGUGUUAGUGUGGUUCUCUGGAUCUGUUGGUUCUGUGUGUGUGUUAGUGUGUUUCUCUGGAUCGGUUGGUUGUGAGUGUGUGUGUUAGUGUGGUUCUCUGGAUCUGUUGGUUGUGAGUGUGUGUGUUAGUGUGGUUCUCUGGAUCUGUUGGUUCUGAGUGUGUGUUAGUGUGGUUCUCUGGAUCUGUUGGUUCUGUGUGUGUGUGUGGGUUAGUGUGGUUCUCUGGAUCUGUUGGUUCUGAGUGUUAGUGUGGUUCUCUGGAUCUGUUGGUUCUGUGUGUGUGUGUUAGUGUGGUUCUCUGGAUCUGUUGGUUCUGAGUGUGUGUUAGUGUGGUUCUCUGGAUCUGUUGGUUCUGUGUGUUAGUGUGGUUCUCUGGAUCUGUUGGUUCUGAGUGUGUGUUAGUGUGGUUCUCUGGAUCUGUUGGUUCUGAGUGUGGUUCCGGCUGCAGAACGGGGGCUCAGCCGGUGUCAGGGCAGAGGAACCUGGUGACAGAUCAGAAUCUGUUUAUUUCCGUCUCUCUGCUGGAGUCACUCCUGAGCUGGAGGAUCUGCUUGUGACAGAACCGAAUCAUGUGGAGAACCCAACAGUGAUGAGACAGCUGCCUCACUGUGGUUCUUCUGUUUGUGUUCUAUCAGGAGAUAGACGGAUCCCCACAGUGAAGUGUCCAGGAUGUAGCCCUAGCCCUCGGGUCUCUUCCUGGAAACACAGUGACGGUGCAGAGUUCUGCUUCGCCUCCAGGCUGUGAAUAAUUCAUGAGUUAGUUCCUCUGUUUCAGUUUAAAUCCCACGUUUCUUCAGGCUCCAUAACAGUGAACGUUCCUCCUCACAGAGACCAGCAGCAGUUACAUCUGUUCUACCAGAUGUAGAGAACAUCUGUCUGUACAGGAAGGAACCAGGCUCCACUGGCUCUUUCUCCAUGGUGAAGUGGGCGGGGUCUGAUGUCAGCCCCUCCCUCUUGUCCUGUCCACACUCCUGCCAUGCCGACCAUGGUUUCUAGGCUGCCCAAGUUUGGUUCGCAGCCCAAAUCCAUCGCAGCCUCCAAUGGUGCUCAGAUCCCAACUCCGACCGCCGGCACCUCCAUCAGCGCUGCUGCGACCAGCAGCCUCCUCACCAACGGGUUCUACCAUCAUCCUGGCCCGAUGGGGGUCAACGGUAGCGUAACAGCGCCCCCCUCUGCUGUCAAGAAGAAUGGAUUCAUCAGAGUGCCGACUUCGAUUUCCAUGAAAUGGAGGAAGGAGAACAGUACGACAGAAGAUGGCAGCGACGCAGAGCGCGAGUGGAAAAGAGGAACAGCCGGGAACGUUGGUCAGAAUCUCUCCGGCAACAACAUCCAUCAGUAUCAUAACCCACGACAGCAGGGAUUGCCAGGGGGGGGGCGAGAAGCCAAAAAGUCGACCACAUCCUUGGCAGGGAAAGUUCGUGGUUAUAGUCCGCCGGUGACAUCAUCAUCGUCUCCGUCACCACAGUCCAAUCCGAGAACAGUUCCUGUUUCUAAACUCGGCUCCCCGGGUUCCAAACCGGGUCAGACCCCGUCCAGGACCAACGGGACAAAACGGGCUCCAACUGGUCUCGCUGGAUCUCGACCGCGGACCGUAUCCAAUGGUUCCCUGAGGCAGCCUCACAGUUUUGCUCGUCCUGGUUCUGGUCCCGGUCCUCGAUCAGGUUCCCCCUUCCUGAAGAAACCUCCAGCCAGCCGCUCACACUCCAGCGACAGCCUCGGCUCCGCUGCGCCGGUCCAGCUGACUGAAGAAGACCGAUCCCGUAGCCUCACCCAGGUCCGACAGCAGCCCCCCCCCUUACUCAUCCCUUCUUACUCCAAUAAGAGAGCUGCUGAGCGAGGCCUCAAAGAAUCAACCUCCUCUCUGGGUCCCCCUAGAGGCAGUUUGGUAAAAUUACCUGUUAUUUGCCACACUCCAGAGGGAAGAGGGGGAGGGGUCAAAGCUCCCCUGAGGUCAGGGGUCAGCAUCCCCUCCCUCCUACCCCCCAUUACCUUAAAGAAACCCCUCCUACCCAGCCUCGGCCCCGCCUCCAAGCCCAGCGGUAUCAGCUACAAGCUGUCACGCCCGUCACUCAUGAAGCAGCCCCGCCCCCUGCGGAUGACCACGCCCAGCGUGUCAGGAGGUGAACAGGAAGUGAACCUGGGUCUGAACUCAGCGGAGCUGGCGUCUACGACAGGAAACAGCCCAGAGAGAAGUCCAGAGGCUCUGGAGCCGGAGGGACUGUCCACGGAGCCCAUGUCCCAGACAGAGGUGUCCAUUGUUGCGGAGACACUGGAGGACAUGUCUCUGUCUUCAGCCUCCUCUCUGGACAGAAACGACACCAGUCAGGAGUAUAUGGACGACUUCGACAACCUCGGAGAUGGAGGAGUUGGUUUGAUGCUCCUUUCCUCCAAAAACGAUGAAGACGACUCGGGCCUCGACCAAUCAUGUGCCAGGUUGGACGAGGACAAGGCGGCCAGUAGCGGUACCAGUAAGGCAGUGGGUCUGUGUUUCCUGGAGGGCGGGGUGGACUGGGCCGCUGUGAGGUUAAGUGGCGAUCGAGCGGAGCAUCAUCUGACCAGCAGGAGGAGGUCGAGUCAGCCGGAUUAUCACGAGCAGGGAGGUUCCUCCCUGGAUCUGUCGCCCUCCGACAGCUGUGGGUCGGGGGGCACCUACAUGUGGGACGAGGAGGGUCUGGAGCCCCUAGGGGGCGCCGUCACCACCGCUUCCAUCAACUGCAGCAGCACCCACCACAUCGGGAGCUUCGACUCGGAGGCCAACAGCAUCGACGUCUUGAACACCCUGGACUCUUGUGAUCUGGAGGAUGAUGAUCUCAUGCUGGAUGAAGACUUUGCAGAAGACGUCUCCCUCCACAGCGAUGUGUGGCGUGGUGUCCAUCCUCUUAGUUGUGAUCAUGUGACCGGUCUGUCCCCUGCAGACGGAGAGGGGAUGUCCCACAUGGCUCAGUGGAGGAGACGGCAGCUCUGCUGGGGGACGCAGGACGUCCAUGACAAUGAAAGUGACCUCGUGUGCUACAAGCUCGCUGAGGAUCCUGGGAAUAAGAGAACCGACGCCACCAGGGACGAUGACCUCAUCCUUGACCUCUGUCCUUCCAGGACUCUGGGAGCUGGUGGUGUGGAUGUGGACGACCUGGCUGUCGACUGCUCUGCGCUGAGAUCACAGCUGGAGAAGCUGCAGGUGUUCCUGCUGCAGGAGGACGAUGUGGACGAAGACACUCUGACCACAGACACUCUGAGUCCUGAGACCAACCAAUCACAUCGCAGCUCUGACGCUCAGGUGCAGGCUCUCCUGCAGGAGGUGCAGCAGCUCAGGGAGGAGCUGAGGAGUCGGGACCAAACCAUCGCUCAGCUCACACUGCAGCUGACUGUUCCCUCAGCGACUGCCAGGUGUCGUUGUCAGGAGAUGACCGGAACGAGGGAUGGACACACACAGACGAGCAGGACGGAGAGAGAGAGCGUGGCCUCGCAGACGCCCUGGAGAGAGAACACGUCACAGGUACUUCACUCCUCCGGCCAGGACGACCAGGAACCACUGACGGGCCGAUUGUCCACGCCACUGCCUGCCCAAGCCCCGCCCCCAGCUCGCCCCUGCUAUGAGACGCCAUCUGACGCAACUGACUCCACGACCAGGGAAAGAGAGGAUGAUGGGAAAAGUUCAAUGAAAGAGUCCAGAGGAGCCCACAGCAGAUCACUGAAGCUCCCGCAUCCCUCCAAGCUCCGCCUCUUCCUGUCUCAGACCUCCAGCACGGCCCCCCCCUCGACGACCAGGGCGUCCAAGCCGCCGGCGACCCUUCGUGACCCAGAGAGCCACGCCUCCUCGGGGGUGAGGCUCGGAAUGCUGGACUUCACCUUCGGCUCGUCACGCCUCCCGAAACCAAAGAGCCACUGA